AUGGAUACAAAAGACGUUACUAUGGAGAUCUCAAUACCUCCACCAUCUUAUGGCCCAAACAUGGCUUGGAGAAUAAAGUCCUUUUUCAACGCUACUCCACCCGUUCCACCUUUUGCUGUACCAAAUGAUUUUGAUACAACGUCGCAGAAAGGCUUCAAGAGUAAUUCUUGGUUCAACAACAACAACGUAAAUGACAAAAGCACUGCAACGGAAGAAGAAGAAAAGCAAAAAGCCAUCCGUAGAGUGGCUUCAGCACCCAACGCCAAACUCUUGAACAUGGCAACGCCAAACUACAUUAGUUCCUCCACUAUUUCUAUACCAUCUCUCAUGACCGAUUCACCUCCAUUACAAAGAUUGCGCAGAACGUGUCGUCGCACAUACUCUAGCAGCAGCAUCAAAGUGAAGAAAGUUGAAGUUGGGCCAUCUAGUUUUGUCAAAAUUAGAAUGCUCGGUAAGGGUGAUGUGGGCAAAGUCUACAUGGUCAAACAAAAAGAAACAGAUAAACUGUUUGCAAUGAAAGUAUUAUCGAAAAGAGAAAUGAUCAGACGAAACAAGAUCAAAAGAGCCUUAGCAGAGCAAGAGAUUCUGACUACAUCGAAUCACCCAUUUAUUGUCACUUUGUAUCAUUCUUUUCAGAGCCAAGAUUAUCUGUACUUUGUCAUGGAGUACUGUGUUGGUGGGGAAUUUUUCCGAGCACUUCAAAUGAGGCCAGGCAAGUGCCUAACAGAGGAAGGCGCAAAGUUUUAUGCAGCAGAAGUUACAGCUGCCUUAGAAUACCUGCAUCUUCAAGGACACAUUUAUCGAGAUUUAAAACCUGAGAAUAUAUUGCUUCAUCAGAGUGGGCAUAUCAUGUUGACUGAUUUUGAUCUGAGCAAGGGAUCUCAGCCCCCAGGUAAUCCUUGUGUUGUCAAAUCAGGAUCUCCUCAUGUACCACCUUCUAUCGAUACUAAAAGCUGUGUUGUUAACCUCCGAACGAAUAGUUUUGUUGGAACAGAAGAAUAUAUUGCGCCAGAAGUAAUCAAAGGCUGUGGCCAUACAAGUGCUGUCGAUUGGUGGACAUUGGGCAUCUUGAUAUACGAAAUGCUGUAUGGCACAACUCCAUUCAAAGGCGCAGGACGUAACGAAACAUUUUCUCGCAUCCUUCAUUGUGAUGCUCAAUUUGGAGAGCAGCCGGCACCUUACAAAAGCAACAUAUCAAGCUCAGGUAAAAGCCUGAUUAGAAAGCUAUUACACAAAGACGAGAACAAGAGACUUGGGUGCCGUGCAGGAGCAUCUGACAUCAAAGCGCAUCCGUUCUUCAAAUCGGUCAAUUUUGCUUUGCUUAGACAUUGCAGUCCACCUAUCACGCCUCUAGUACAGAAACCAAACGGAAUUGAUGCCCUUAAUUUUAGAAAAAUGCCACCAGAGAGUCUAAGUUUUGAUCUCGAAACAGAUGAUGUAUUGGUUUCGCUUAAGUCUGACAAAACAAAUCCUUUUGAAAAGUUCAAUUCAAUUACUCUUUAUCAUGAUGGAGAUUCUGAUUCAGACGAUUUAGAUGAUUAA